CGAUACGAACGUAAAAAGAAAAACGUCAACGACCAAUACGUCAGAUGUUGUGUUAUUGCAUUUUGUUAAAUUAUAAACAAACAAAUUAAAACAGUUUUAACCAUGAUUGGUGUUCGAUCAAGUAACUUUAACGACAGUUCUGGUGAGCCGGAACAGGACGCUAACUCAGCAUUAACUGAACUAGAUAAAGGCCUCCGGUCAGGGAAAGUGGGUGAACAAUGCGAGGCUAUAGUCCGUUUCCCUCGUUUAUUCGAAAAAUAUCCUUUUCCUAUACUCAUAAACUCAUCAUUCCUUAAAUUGGCCGAUGUGUUUCGUAUGGGCAAUAAUUUCCUUCGCCUAUGGGUGCUUCGAGUCUGCCAACAAAGCGAGAAGCAUUUGGACAAGAUUCUGAACGUAGAUGAGUUCUUGAGAAGAGUGUUCAGUGUUCUACAUUCAAAUGAUCCUGUGGCCCGGGCACUGGCCUUGCGGACUCUUGGUGCGGUGGCUGGCAUUAUACCGGAGCGUCAGAAUGUGCAUCACGCGAUACGUAGAGGUCUCGACAGCCAUGAUAAUGUUGAAGUUGAUGCUGCUAUAUAUGCUACAACACGAUUUGCUGAACACUCCAAUGCUUUUGCGGUAGCAAUGUGCAACAAAUUAUGGGAUAUGGUCGAUUGUGAAAGUACUGCUGCGGAGCGCAGAGCUAAACUUGUGAGGGCUCUCAGAACUGUGCAUGGAGGAGCUGUAAGAGCUCAAGGUGUGUUGAAGUUACUCCGCUCCCUACUGGAACGGUUUCCAUCCUCAAGUUCUGUGCGCGCUGCCAUUACCGCACUGACGCACAUCGCAGCCGACACUGUAGUGCAUGUUCCUGAUCAAGUGGAACUCCUACUGAGCAUCGCUAUGAACGACGCUCGCUCGUCUGUACGCCGCGCCGCUCUCCUAGGUCUGCGUAAGCUGGCUGAACAUGCGGCGUUAUGGCCCUCUACUUGUAUCGAGAAGUUGGUGCGGGCCGCCACUGACAGCCAGGAGACUGAGCAUACUAUGCUCUGCUUGCAAGUCAUGCAGAAGCUGGUGGCGUGUCCGGCGGUGUGCGCGGCGGCGGGCGGCGCGGGCGGCUGCGCGGCGCUGCGGCGCUACUGCUGCGAGGCCGCGCUCAGCGCCGACCUGGCGCGCGCCGCCACCGCCGCCAUCGUGCUCACCAGGCUCAUCGUGCACUGCUAUGAAGAGUCUAUUCCCGUGGAGGGAGCGGAAUUGAUGUUGGCCCUGGAAACACUAGUCACCGCGACAGGAGAAGAUAACCCGAACAAUAUCAAACCUUUGAGAGUUGCGCUGCGCUGUUUGGUGCAACUAAGUCGCGCAGAAGCCAGCGUGUACGCAGGUCGUACAGCCUUAGUGGUGGCCCGCCAACUGCAGGCGGGGGGUAACAUUGCGGCCCGCCGGGCCUUGCUAGAAGCCCUGGCUGCACUCGGCGGGGCCGCGCAUCCGGCGCUACUGGCGCCCGCCAUGCCCGCUCUGCACCAUGCGAGAGAGCAGAUGCAACGGUCCAACGCCGUAGAGAAUCCCCCUGACGACGGCACAGCCCUGGUCCUGCUGUGCACGGUCCUGUUCCAGGAGCGCGCGGGCAAGGCCCUCACGCACAGCAUCAGCCCCGCCUGGCAGGACACCAUCCUGGCUACCGUCAGGCCCGCGGACGGCUGGGUGCGGUACCGGGUCGCUAGGGCGGCCUUGAGAUACGGCCACCACAGCCUGGCCGCUACUAUCCUGAAGCGCUUGUCCGAGGAGGCUCCCAGCGAGGCGGCCCAGAGGUGGCUCACUGCGCUGCAUGGCGCUGCUGCUGCUGAUGCGAGGCUAGAGGAAGAAGGCAUCACGGGGCUGGAGGCGGCCAGCUCGGGCUGGGAGGUGUGCAGCGGCUGGGGCGGGGCGGGGGGCGCGGGCGGCGCGGGCGGCGCGGGCUGCGCGGCGGCGUGCGCGGGCUGCGGCGCGUGCUGGCCGCUGCCGGCCGCGUGGCUGCGCGCGCGCGCGCGGGCGCUGGCCGCGCUGGCCGCCGCGCACCACGCCGCGCGCGCGCUCUGCACGCAGCCGCCGCCCGCCAUCGCGCACACGCACGCACAGUCUGCUCGCGACCCCACUCUAAAGGCGGGUGCGUUUGCCACGGCCAUCCGCAAGGCGGCGCGCGCGGUCUCGGCCGUCGCCAACAAGUACGGCGCCAUCGCAAGAACCGCCUUCCACGCUGACGACUCCACGCUAAGACAUCUGCAAAUUUCCCAGCACACAUACGCCCAGCUCGCUCAGUUCCUGGACCGCAUCACGUCCAGCACUCAGGAGCGGCCAGCUGAUCUGGAGACCGUGGACCUCAAGCCCACUACGUUAGAGGAGAUGAUAGCGCUGUCCGCCAGCAAAGCUCUCACUGAGAUAUCUGCGAAACUGUUUGAUAAUCCCACUACUAAUCCGGGGAUUACGCAUCGGCACAUGGACGCGGUGCUGGCGGCGGUGCGCGCGUGCGGGCGCGGCGCGCUGUGGCCGCGCGGCGUGUGCGCGGGGCGCGCGGGCGGCGCGCUGUGCCGCGUGUCGCUGUCGCCGGCGUGGCGGCUGGCGGGCGCCUCGCAGCCCGACCACGCCGCCACGCUGCCGCUCUCGCACCGCCUCGCGCUCAAGCUCGAGGGCGUCGUGCUGCCGCCCAUCCCGCUCAGUAAACGCCAGCGUCAACGUCAAGUUAAAGGCGUCCAGAUCACAGUAACGGCUACUCCACAUCCACGCACUAAUGAAAAGACGGUGGAGCUCACCAACAUCCCGCCGGUCCUGACCGCCGUGCAGACCGUGACCCCGGUCCGCGACUUCUUCUCAGCCCAGCAGUUGGUCAGUGUGAACACGCCCGGCCUGUACACGGUGGCAGUGGAGGCCGCCUUCGUGGAUGAGAAGGCUCAGCUCUGGAACACUGGGCCCAGGACUGCUAUUGUCAUUAAGGCACACGAGGACCCCAGCGUAAAGGGCACAACGACAACAACGCGCGCAAGAUUCUAGCACAGCUAUCAAUGAAAGGAUGGCAACACUUCGAGAUUCUAACGGACUUUAUUUGAAUCUCGAUGAAUAUUCGCCACCUUUCAUUGUGAUAACGAUAAACCUUUUGAAUUUAAUUCUUAAUUAUUUUGGCACUAUAAGGUCAAUAGUAAGUGUUAAGGAAUAAGUAUUUUAGUUUAGCACUAUCCGUAGGUAUAUAUCACUAUUCGGUAAAAGAUUUGACCGUUGCAAGUAAGUCGUAGUUAAUCAGCUUAUUUCAAAUAUAAUAUUUUCUUGAUAAAUCGUUUUUGAAACUUGUAAACAAAAAUUUUGCUUUUGGUUAAUAUUGUUUUGGGAAUAUUACUGUUAGUUUAGUGGAUAGUAACUCUGCCUGCUAAACCGGAGGUCGUGGGAUCGAUCUCACUCUAAACACAUUUUUGGGAUAAGCAUAGAUAUUUGUUCUUUACUUAUAUGUGUAUUAACUAUCUAGUAUCUAUAUAAUAUUAUGUGUGUAUUGAAAGAUAUAUAAGCAUGUUUGAAGUAAAUUCAGCAUAGUUUCUGACCGUGUGCGUAUGUAAAAAAUAUAUUACCAUUAGGUCUAUAUUAAAUCUCUCAUACUGUAACUUCUGUAAUAAAUAAAUUUAAAAUUGCU